GCGACUUCCCAGGCAUCCUUAGCAGCAGGACCCUUCAGCCCGCCCCUCAUCUCCAUGCCACUCUGAGGAGGAUCCCGCUCGUCCUGAGUAAGAGUUCUGCACUUGUGUUUCCCUUUUCUUUUCGCCAUGGGGGGAGCCGUGAGCGCAGGAGAGGACAACGACGACCUGAUCGACAAUCUGAAGGAGGCUCAGUACAUCCAGGACAAAGUUGAGCAGGCCUUCCGGGCCAUUGACCGCGGCGACUACUACCUGGACGACUACCGGGACAAUGCCUACAAAGACUUGGCGUGGAAGCACGGCAACAUCCACCUGUGCCCGUGCAUAUACUCCGAGGUGAUGGAGGCUCUCAAACUGCAGCCGGGACUGUCUUUCCUCAAUCUGGGCAGCGGCACCGGCUAUCUGAGCACAAUGGUCGGCCUGAUCAUAGGGCCCUUCGGUGUGAACCACGGAGUUGAGCUCCAUAAGGAUGUGGUCGAGUAUGCACGAGAGAAACUGGAUGAUUUCAUAAAGAAUAGUGACAGCUUUGAUAAGUUUGAGUUCUGUGAACCUGUCUUUGUGGUGGGGAAUUGCCUUGAAAUCUCAACAGACAGUCACCAGUAUGAUCGCAUUUAUUGUGGCGCGGGAGUGCAGAAGGAUCAUGAAAAUUACAUGAAAGUACUACUCAAAAUCGGCGGCAUCCUAGUGAUGCCUAUAGAGGAUCAGCUGACCCAGAUAACCAGGACCGGCCAGUGCUCAUGGGAGAGUAAAAACAUCUUGGCUGUGUCCUUCGCCCCCUUGGUCCAGCAGAGCAGAGCUGAUGGAGAGAAGCAUGAUGCUGUCCAGCUGCCCCCUGUGACUGUCAGGAGCCUUCAGGAUCUGUCUCGGAUCUACAUCCGCCGCACUCUCCGAAACCUGGCCAAUGAGGACAGUCAGGACAAGGGCCUGGUGCAAAGAGUCCCCCAGAAGCGCAAGCGCAGGCGCUGCCGACGGCGACGUAUCAACACGUACGUUUUUGUCGGUAACCAGCUGAUUCCCCAAACUGUGGAGAGCGAGGAGGAGCAGACCGAGGAGGAGCACAAGGAGGUGGAGGAGGAAGAGGAAAGAGACAUUGGCGACAUUGAAAUCCUUAAGCAAGUUAACGUGCUGAGAGACCAAAUAAUGGUUUUACCUCUGCCCGAGUCGCUUAAGGCGUACUUGCUGUAUUACAGAGAGAAAUGACUGAUUCACUUGGUAUCCAUUCUCAAUGGGUGCAGUACCUGCUGAAAUGCUUUUCUUCACCCUUUUCAGUACAAAUGUAGCAUUAUUUCCAUUUAAUCUUGAUGGCAAAACCGUAACGGAGAGGGACUUCAUAGAUAAUAUUGGAUAAUAAUGUUAUGAUUGUCAUGAUAAAGUUGCUUUGUUAGUUUAUUUUGACAUUUAUUUUUUUGAUUUGUAUAU